AUAUUUGAAGUAACAAACGGUCCUCUGAUUUCAUCACUGUGCUUCGUAAAACCCUAUUUUUUUAUAGGGGAGUUGCAUUUGAUCUUCUUCAAUCAUCACUUAUUGGAAUUCUGGGUUUUUCCGUUCCUAUUCGAUUCUUCAAAUGGGUAAACCGACCAAGAAGUCCGCCUCCAAAGUUGAUUCAACUGCUGCUGUUGUAGUUCCACCGGCCAAAACAAUUAAAAAAGGCAAGAGAGACGCAGAGGAGAUUAUCGAUAAGCAAGUAGCAAGUAAAAAGAAGCAGAAGAUUGCCAAUGCUGGUGUAGCACAGGCUGCUGAGAAAAAGACUCAGAAGAAGAACACCAAGAAAAGGGAAAGCAGUUCUUCAGACGCUGAGGAUGAACCAAAGAAGGUUGUUGAGAAAAAGCCCCAGAAGAAGACUAAGAAAGAAGAAAGCAGUUCCUCAGAAGAAAGUAGUUCUUCGGAGUCUGAGGAGGAACCAAAAAAGGUUGUUGAGAAAAAGCCUCAGAAGAAGAACGCUAAGAAAGAAGAAAACAGUUCCUCAGAAGAAAGCAGUUCUUCGGAGUCUGAGGAGGAACCAAAGAAGUUUAAUGGUGAUGUGGACCAGGUUGUUGUGAAAAAGCCUCAGAAGAACACUAAGAAAGAAGACAGCAGUUCUUCGGAGUCUGAGGAGGAACCAAAGAAGUUUAAUUGUGGUGUGGAUCAGGUUGUCGAGAAAAAGCCUCAGAAGAAAACUAAGAAAGAUGACAGCAGUUCCUCAGAAGAAAGUAGUUCUUCCGAGUCUGAGGAGGAAGCAAAGAAGGUUGUUGAGAAAAAGCCUCAAAAGAAGAACACUAAGAAAGAAGAAAGCAGUUCCUCAGAAGAAAGCAGUUCUUCAGAGUCUGAGGACGAAUUAAAGAAGGCUGUUGAGAAAAAGACGCAGAAGAACACUAUGAAAGAAGAAAACAGUACCUCAGAGGAAAGCAGUUCUUCGGAGUCUGACGAGGAACCGAAAAAGGUUGCGGCUGCGGUUGCAACCAAGAAGGGAGCUGGUGUGUUAAAGAAACCUGCCAAGGAAUCAAGUAGCAGUGAUGACUCUUCUGAUUCCUCUGAUGAAGAGGAGGCAAAGAACAAGGGAACUGCAGCUACAACAAAUAAACCUGCUGUUGUGGCAAAAAAUGAUGCUGCUUUGGUUUCCAAGAACGAGUCCAGUGAUGAGUCUGAUUCUGAAGACAGUGAAGCGAGUUCAGAUGAUGAUGAUGUUAUUGUGGCAACCCAACCAAAGAAGCCAGCAUCUGGUGCUGUUAAAAAUGGAGCUGCUUUGGUUCUUGCAAAGAAAAAAGAAAGUAGUUCUGAAGACGGUAGCUCGGAGGAGAGUGACUCUGACGAAGAGGAGAAUAAUGCUAAAGUGACCAAACAACCAAACAAGUUGCCAUCCGCCACUGCCAAGAAAGAAGAAAGUGAGAGUUCUGAAGACACUAGCUCGGAGGAGAGUGACUCUGACGAAGAAGAGAAGAAUGCCAAAGUGAUCAAACAACCAAACAAGUUGCCAUCUGUCACUGCCAAGAAAGAACAAAGUGAGAGUUCUGAAGACACUAGCUCGGAGGAGAGUGACUCUGAUGAAGAAGAGAAGAAUGCCAAGAUGGCGGCUCAACCAAAGUUGGGGGCCACUGUUAAAAAUCCAUCUGUUGCUGCUAAAAUGGAGGAUACAAGUGAUGAUUCAGAAGAAGAUAGUUCGGAUGAGAGUGAUUCUGAUGAAGAGGUUAAAGUGGGUCCCUCUAAAAUGACUGCUGGAACCAAGCAGAAGCCUGGUACUGAAGAGGAAAGCUCAGAAGAGGGUUCAUCUGAUGAUGAAGAGCCACAGAAGAAAAAGAGAAAGCCUUCUAUUACAGAAGAUGUAAAACCUAACACGAAAGUAGCAAAAGAAGAGAGCAGUGAGUCCGAGAGUUCUGAUGAAGAGCCAUCUAAGCAAAGGACUAAACGAGAUGCAAAGAAAGCUAGCAGCAGUUCUGAUGAGGAGUCUGAAGAAGAUGAUAGUUCUGAAGACAAUGCGCUUCCAUCCAAAACCCCGAGAAAAAUUGGCACAGGUGUUGAAAUGGUUGAUGCUCCAUCAUCGGUGAAAGUGCCUCAAACCCCGCUUACUCCUCAAGCCACUGGAUCCAAAACCUUGUUUAUGGGCAAUUUAAGCUUCUCAAUCGAAGAAGCUGAUGUGAGACAUUUCUUCAAAGACGCAGGAGAAAUUAUAGAAGUCCGCUUUGCCGUUAGAGAUGACCGGUUUGCAGGUUUUGGGCAUGUUGAAUUUGCCACUGUGGAAGCAGCUCUGGAGGCACUCAAACUAAACAACGAGAUGUUACUAGGCCGUCCAGUGAGGCUCGAUGUAGCGAAGGAAAGGGGAGCAUAUGCUCCCGGUAGCAGCAAUGAAAAGCCUUACCAAAAGGGACAACAGGCUCAGGGGACCGUUUAUGUACGCGGGUUUGAUGCAAGUGACAGUUUUGAGAACAUUAGGAGUGCACUUGAAAAGCAUUUUGGCAACUGCGGAGAGAUUUCGCGGAUGGCCAUACCAAAAGAUUACGAAUCUGGGGCUUCUAAAGGGUUUGUACUCUUUUUUUAUUUAGGUCUUGAAUUAUUUGGGUUAAGGCCUGGUUUAGUAACAUUUACAUUUUCAGUCUACAUGCUACAACAUAAUCGGCUUUGUAGGAUGCUAAAUGUCUAAAUAUCCUAAUAGACUCCU